GGUUAUUUUUUUUAGCAUGGAAUGGGAAGCGGAUAACAAUACGUCGCCGUUUGAACGAGAAAUGGAGCGAGGGUUUCGGGCAUGGUUAGCGCUAAUGGCUAAUGCUACUACAACGCACCUCCUUCUGGUGGAAAAGAACCUUCCUUCGCGGUUUCUCCACUGUCACAAAUCGACGCCAAGAUGGAUGAGAACGACGAUGACGUCAGCCACGACGGCAGCGGUUCGCGGCGCACGCGCUCCCAAGCGGCUCCGGAUUGGAGCGUGACGGAGGCGCUGAUUCUGGUCAACGAGGUCGCCGCGGUGGAGGCCGACUGCUCCGCCGCGCUCUCCUCGUACCAGCAGUGGAACAUCAUCGCCGAGAAUUGCGCCGCGCUCGACGUGCGGCGGAGCCUCGCGCAGUGCCGCCGCAAGUGGCGCGCGCUGCUCUCCGACUACGACGGCGGCCUCCCCGGAUUCGACCGCGAGCUGUUCGAGGCCGUCGGACGCGUCGUGAGGGCGCGUGAGGAGCGGGGCCUGGUUGAUCCCGAGAGCGAUAACGAAGCGGGGAACGAGGCGCGUGAUGCCACCGUUGAAAUCGGGUCCAAAAGAAGAGGGCAACGAAGUAAAUCAAGUCACCAGGUUAAAAAGCCAAAGAAAUGUCUUGAACAAAGUCAUGACGAAUGGCCUGAGGAUGAUCAUUCAGAAGAAGAGUAUUUGAAAGACUUCCUAAAAUCAAGACCCAAGUUGAAAUGCACUGCAGAAAGGCCUCCAAAGCACUUGGUGAUGCAAUCAAAGAGCCAUGGCAAAGUGGAGCUUCAUGAAAACCACCAUAUUGAAAGGCCAAAACCUAUGAACACAGAAAAGAUAACAAUUAGCAGGGAAGAAAAUGAGGAAACAUUGACUCUGAAAUUGCAAGAGUUAGCCGUAGAGAUUGAAGCAAUUGCUACUGAAUCAGCAUCAGAUUAUAAGGGAGGUGGCUCACAGAAUGUAGAGGACUCCCAUACUGACUUUACAAGACGCCAAGGGGACAAGCUCAUAUCAAGCCUGGGAAAUUUCUCCCACACCCUUAAGCACCUAUGUGAUCUUCUCCAAGAGUGUAAAUGAACAUUACAAUGUUCUUUUCUUAACUAUUUUUUAGAGUUUAAUUUCUAUGCAACGUCACUGUAACCGUCGAUUAAUCAAAAUUAUGGUAGGUAAGACUUUCAAGUUAUUUAUUGUAAAAGAUAACACAAUACAUGCUUACACUAUGUAUUUUCUAUUUGAUAGUGAAAGAAUGCAGCAAAAGAGAAAGUUGUUGGUUUA